CACAACGUCCCUUCUUCCCGACAAAGAGGGAAGCUCCGCUCACUCGGGCUGCUCGGUUAAAAUAUCAAGCCAACCCUGUGGUUCCUCCUGCCGUGACGCACAGAUCCCGGCGAGUCUGUUCAGCUCAGCUCGGAACCGUCCGGAGCAACAUGCAGGAUGGCGAGUUUGGAGACAGCCGCCGAGCACGAACGUAUCCUGCGGGAAAUCGAGAGCACAGACACCAACUGUAUCGGACCGACACUCCGGUCGGUGUACGAUGGUCAGGAGCAUGGCCUGUUCAUGGAGAAGCUGGAUGCUCGGAUCAGGAACCAUGACCGAGAGAUCGAGAAGAUGUGCAACCAUCACUUCCAGGGGUUCGUGGACUCCAUUACAGAGCUGCUAAAAGUGCGAGGAGAGGCGCAGAAGUUGAAGAGUCAGGUGACUGAGACUAACAGGUAUCUUCAGGAAAAUGGCAAAGAGCUCACCACCUCCAUGGAGGAGCUCAGACAGUGUCGGGUGCAACAGAGAAACAUCGCCACCACGAUAGACAAACUGACGCACUGUCUACCAGUUCUUGAGAUGUACAGCAGACUUCAGGAGCAGAUGAGGGCCAAACGGUACUACCCCGCGCUGCGAACGUUAGAACAGCUGGAACAGACGUGUCUUCCCAAAGCGGGUCAGUACCGGUUCUGCUCCAUCAUGGCUGAAAACAUCCCCAAACUGAGGAUACAGAUCCGCGACACGGCCAUGUCACAGCUGAGAGACUUCCUGGAGAGCAUUCGGAAACACUCGGAUAAGAUAGGCGAGACCGCCAUGAAACAGGCCCAGCUACAGCGCUCACUGGACAGCUCCGUCUCGCCUCAGCCGAGGGUCCUACUCGGCCGGCGCGGCAGAAAGGAGGCGCCGGCGGCGAUUCGGGCUGGAAUGGGUGUCAACCCGCUGUCAGAACACGACACGGGAAUUCUGGAUGUGGAGGAUGAAGAGGAGGAAGAUGAAGUCCCAGGAGCUCAGGACUUGGUGGAUUUCUCUCCAGUUUACCGCUGUCUGCAUAUCUACACUGUGCUGGGUUUGCGUGAUGUGUUUGAGAACUACUACAGAAAGCAAAGGAGGAAACAGGCCCGUCUCGUACUGCAGCCCCACUCUAACAUGCAUGAAACUCUAGAGGGAUACCGGCGGUACUUCAAUCAGAUUGUUGGCUUCUUUGUUGUGGAGGAUCACGUCCUGCACACCACACAGGGUUUGGUCAACAGAGCAUACGUAGAGGAGCUCUGGGAGUUGGCGCUGUCCAAAAUAGUCGCUGCCCUGAGGACGCACUCUUCAUACUGUGACGACCCUGACCUGGUGCUGGAUCUGAAGAACCUCAUUGUCCUGUUUGCUGAUACUCUGCAGGGUUAUGGUUUCCCUGUGUCUCAGCUGUUUGACAUGCUGCUGGAGAUGAGGGAGCAGUACGGAGAAAUCUUACUCAAGAGAUGGAACGUCACCUUCAGGCAGGUGAUAGACCAGGACAACUACAGUCCAAUCCCAGUCUCAACGGAGGAGGAGUACAGACAAUACACUUCCCAGUGUCCCUUUCAAGACCCCGAACUGGAAAAGCUUCCCUUCCCAAAGAAGCUUCCCUUCUCAGAGUUUGUGCCAAAAGUCUACUGCCAGCUAAAAGAGUUCAUCUACGCUUGUCUGAAAUACUCUGAGGACCUUCAUCUCAGCUCCACAGAGGUAGACGAUAUGAUCCGCAAGUCGACAAAUCUGCUGUUGACCAGAACUCUUAGCCACUGUCUGCAGUACGCCAUUAAGAAGAAGAAUGUCGGACUGGCAGAGUUGGUGCAGGUGAUCAUUAACACCACUCACCUGGAGCAGAGCUGCCACUUCCUGGAGGAGUUCAUAUCAAACAUAACCAAUGUUCCUCCUGACACAGUAAAUGCUACCAAGCUGUACGGCACCUCCACAUUUAAGGAUGCUCGUCACGCCGCAGAGGCGGAGAUCUACACCAGCCUGAAUGCAAAGAUUGACCAGUUCCUGCAGCUGGCUGAUUACGACUGGAUGGCUGCGGUGCCCGGAGGCGAGAAUCUGGCUGCCAGCGACUACCUGAUUGACCUGAUUGCUUUUCUUAAGAGCACCUUCAGUGUCUUCACCAAUCUGCCUGGAACACCCAUAGAACACGCUACCUUACCGGGUAAAGUAGCGCAGACUGCGUGCAUGUCGUCCUGUAAGCACAUCUCCACGUCCCUCAUGCAGCUCCUGCUUGACCCGGAGGUCCGACAGAUCUCCAUGGGCGCUCUGCACCAGCUCGACACCGAUGUGAAGGAGUGCGAGAGUUUUGCCAGAGCCGGCCCGGUCGCAGGCUUCCAGGGUGACACGUUGCUUCUGGCCUUCAGUGACUUGAGACAAUUACUGGAUUUGUUCACCCAGUGGGAUUGGUCAACCUACCUGGCUGAUUACGGCAAACCCACCUGCAAAUACCUGAGAGUCAACCCACACACUGCACUGGCACUGCUGGAGAAGAUGAAGGAGACGAGCAGGAAGAACAACGUCUUCGCCCAGUUCAGGAAGACGGAUAGAGACAGACAGAAGCUCAUCGACACCGUCAUCAAGCAGCUACGCAACCUCAUCGCGCAGCACCACACCUAAAGCAAGCCGCACAAUUGGCCAACAACCCCACAAGGCUGAUCUAUGCACCUUAAGUUUAAAAAAAACUUCAAAAAGCAACAACAAAUUAGGCAGUCUAAAACUGGAAAAAGCACACUGGAUGAUAAGCUUGCAGUCUGAUUAGUGUUAGUGGUUACAUUUUGGCUGAAGACAACCAUGUAAGAAACUGUCCAGAGUAGCAUGUUAGCUGGAAUGACAUCCUUUUAAAAGCAAUGUUGUACAUCCUGAAAGUUCAGUUUUCAUCCAGCCGUCUGGAUCUGGUUAGAUAACCAUACAGGCUUCUCAAAAUUUAGUUCCAUGUCCACACGUCCUACCGACUUAUAAACAGAAGUCUGGUGCCAUGUUAUAUUUUUCUUUAGUACAGAAAAAGAUCAAAACGAACAACAAACUCAUCUUUCUAACACUGUUUACUCAUCUAUUAGAGCCAUUUGCAAUAAAUGGAAGAAACCUGCUGAGCCUUCGUUUUUUUUAAAGUUCAAUAAUAUUUCCCACUGAUUUCCACCAAUGAUUGUCUCAGUAGUUAGAAAAGGUGUCAGGAGGUCUUUAGUUACCAAACGAUAGAUUAAUAGAUUGUUGGUUUUGGUCUUUCACGGUAUUCGUUGAUGAGAAGGAAAUCUAGGAGCCCGUCGGCUAUUACCUGACGAUUUUGGCUUCAAGUUGAAUGUUUUUGGGACUUCUGUUGUAGCUCUUCGAUAUCUGGGCCAAGGCUUCAUGUUCUCUGCCCCAGGCAUUGUUUGCAGUCCAACAAUUAAGGCUUAAUUGUCUUCAGACUGUUUGGUCAGUAGAAACAGAAACCAGAAAACUUCGAUCCAUCUAUUUUCUGCAGCUUAUCCAGAAUCGGUCAUGUGGGCUGCAGUCUAAGCAGAGACACCCAGACCUCCCUCUCCUCAGCCAGCUCCUCCAGCUCUUCUUGGCGGACACUUCCGUGUUCCCAAGCUGAGAGACAAACUCUCCCUCCUAUCAGAUAGCUCAACCAUCUCAACUGGCUCCUUUCAUUGUAGAGGAGUGUAGUUGAAUGACCGAGCUCCUCAAUCUGUCUCUAAGGGAGAGCGCAGACAGCCUUUGGAGGGAGCUCAUUUCUGCAUGAUCGCCUCCUUUCUGACAUUUUCCGCAGCUCAAGGCAGCAGAUGAGGGUAGGAAUAGAGACUGAACAGUAAAUUGACAGCUUUGAUUUUACAGUUUCAGAAAAGUUAUGGUACCGAUAUAUUCUCCUAACACAAAGUAUAUUCACAAGUUUGUUUUCUGGCUCUGUAACCCCAGUUACAGAGAACUAGUGUAUUUUCUUUGGCUCUGCCUUAAACCUCACGAUGUUCAAGAAAAAAUCUACAUCAUCACCAACUUCUGCCUUUAACUGGACCUGAUGUUCUUCAGCCUGGAAGGUUUCUGACUUUGGUCUCUUUAGGAGCACAAGUGAUAAUGAAAUUGAUCAUUUCUUUUUUAUCAUGCAGCUAAAAGGAAAAAAAAUGUAACAUUACAAAUAAAUCUACACAUGCUGUCGUCCACUGCUCUCAGAUCAAAUGCUCUCCGUCAUCUUUGAAGCUUGAAAAAUACGUUUCCAGUUGCUGGAUGGUUGCUAUCGAUCCAUUUGUGGGUCUGCUUAGUUGGAAUGAGAGUUAAUUUUGGCUUAAAAGUUUUGUGAGGGAAUUGUGUACAAGAAACAUUGAAGCAGGUUGUAUUUUUGUGCUCAAUUCCCAUUUUCCUCUUCAGUCCUUCUCAGACUGAGCCGGGCUGGUUAAGCCACCCAUCCUCACCCGCCCUUUAAUGUCUUCCACAUCACUCUCCGUCACUGUGGCGUGAUAACAACGCAUUGAAUGUACAUCACAGAGGGUCGCCUCCCAUGGCUUUAUGUCUUUCUGGUUUUUUUAAGGUUGUGAAAAAGCUGGAAAAGCACUGAAAACAAAAACAAGAUAUUAGUGAAAAUGAACAGAAUGUUACUGCCUUCAUCUUCUAACCAAGGGGGGGAUAUUGGCGCAGCUUGGUAACCCAUUUCCCCUCUUAGUAUAUACAACCUGCAGACACUUGAAACCUGAUUUGGCAACCUUAUUUCCUUUGGUAGCACAGUGCAUGUUGGGGGAUUAAAGGUGUGUGUGUGUGUGUGUGUGUGUGUGUGUGUGUGUGUGUGUGUGUGUGUGAGAGAGUGAUGGUGGUGGGGUCUCCCAACAUGGCAACCCAUUCCCUCUACCUUUUAAGUGAAACUUGAUUUGGAAUGGUAGGGACAUGGCUUGGGUGUUUUCUUUGUUGUAAUGUAUUACAAAAACUAGGUCUUAACAAGGGGGGCGUGAGUGAGUGUGUGUAGUGCGUCUACUUUUACACACAAGCUUAAAUAAUUGAAGCACAAUGCUUAAUUCCUUUCACACUAGAUCGUCUUUGAAACUAACGGGGGUCUUUUCACUCUUUGUAUAACUUUUCUUUCUUGAACUCGGGUGCAAUAAUGACAUAGGAAGAAACUGCAGCAGGUGUGCGUGUGUGUGCGUUAAUCAAAUAGGGAUUAUAAAUAGGGAUUUAUAAAGGGAAUGCUAACCUGGUGUGGGUGGGUGUCUGAAGGGAAAAAGUGUCUUCCUUCCCAUGCUCAUGAGUGUGUUGUUUCUCUUGUGCAUGGCAGCACUGUGCUUUUUUUUUUAAUAAUAGGUUUUUUUUAGGUUUUUUGAUUCAUUAUUAGCUGUGCAUCUUUUUUGGGGGGGUUGUUUUUGUUGUUGUUUGUUUGUUUGUUUUUGUAGAAAGGGAACAAGGCCGUCGUUAUUGAAUGUGCCUUUUGCUGUAUUUUGUUGUUUUUCCUGCCAAUAAAGCAGCCGUGUGCAGCUGUGGUGAUUGGACUCUGGAAACACUUCAUUCUUCACAAAAAAAAAUUAACUCAAAAUCUGCAAAAUUUCCUUUUUUUUCCAGGCUGUGUUUGCUCUGCUUUCUUUUCUGCUAUAUUAUUUAUGAUGCUGUUUUAAAGCUUUUAUGUUAAUACCCUGGACUUGCACAGUUUAUUAUGAUCACAGUGAAGACUGCUUUGCAUUUUCUAAACAACUGAAGGCUAUUUUCCUUUAUUUAAGACAGCUGGGCAUCUACUAAAUUCACAAAAACUACCUUUAUUAUAAAAAAGAUUUUCUCAUAGCUAUAAGAGAUGUGCAAAACAUUUCUCUGUAUUCCUAAUGUUAUUGCAAUAGACUGUAUGCAAAAGAUGGACAUUGACACUGUGCUACCACCUCUUGAUUUUGGACUAAGCAUUUUAAAGCGUUAAUAUUUUAGUUGCUACUAUGUUGGGUUUUUUGGAGUCACAUAGCUCUUUUUUUUUCCAGCUACUAGGUGGAGUGCUAAGCUAACAGCUAAUGCUAGCCAGCAUUAGACAGAGAGAUAAAUAAUGCUAAAUAACAGAGUAAUAAAAGGCUUCACUCAAACUUCCAGGAAAUCUUACACCACACAACAGGUCAUAAUAUAUGUCAGAUAAUUUCAUUAAAAAUACAUCAGAAAGCACAAACACCGUGGAGAGGUGCAGUUUAGUCAUUCAGAUUAGCUGAGGUCAAGCCUAGCUAAUCAAAGUAUGAUGGUCAGUUUAUAUUGUUUACUUUAAGACAUAAAUACAUUUUUGUGUUAGUGCCACUGUCCCCGUUUUAAUUUACUAAAAACUGUAUUGGUAUCCAGAGUCCACGCACUGCAGAUGUUGUUGCUAAUUUGUUUUUUGGUUUUUUGUAAAGCAGAUGUUGUUAUUGAGACACUGUACACGCUGUUGUAUUAAACCACUAAUGAAUGAAACAAAAUACUAAUAAAAUUAUGACAAAUGCCAACAGAUGAAUAUG